CGACGGCGGCGGGAGGCGGGGCGCGGGCAGCGGGCGGCGUGCGCCAUGGAGGCAGGAGGGGAUGCAAAAGGGGGCGGCGGCCCCGCAGCCUCUGAGGACCCCCGGAGCCCUGCGCUCCCGCAACUCCCGCGCCGCCCGCAGCUCCUGGAUGAGAACGGAGGGCCCAGUGAGGAAGUGGCCGCAGAUGGGGGCAGGUCCCCGGCCCCGGAGGACCCCUCGGCCAAUGCCCAAGCCGAGGCCGUGGCCGUGUCCCCCUCCCAGGCUGAGGCUGCAGGGGAGGCCCAGGGACCCAAGGUGGCAGCCGGCGGGGUGCCCAACAUCGGCUUCGUGGGCGAGCCCCCACCCUACGCGCCGCCGGACCCCAAGGCCGUGCACCUGCUGUACCCAUCCUUCCCGCAGGGGCCGGUCCUCUUCCAGCCUGGGCCCUCGGCCCAGGUCCUGUACCCGCCGCCGCCCGCCGCGCCGCCGCUCUUCGCACCCUUCCCGGUGUACAACGGCCCCGUGGCCGGCGUCCCGGCCCCCGCGGCGGUGGACCACAGGCCCCACCCCAAGGACUACAUGAUGGAGUCCGUGCUGGUGUCCCUCUUCUGCUGCCUGCUCACGGGGCUUGUCGCGAUUGUCUACUCCCACGAGACGCGCGCCGCCCUGAGCAGGGGGGACCUGGCCCAGGCUGAGGAGGCGUCCCGCAAGGCCCGCUCGCUCGUGCUCUUCAGCCUGCUCUUCGGGGUCUUCGUGUCCACCAGCUGGGUCAUCUAUGUGGUGGUGGCGCUCUACCUCCCCUGAGAGCGGCUGGCUCCUUUGGGGACGCCGGGACGCACAAGGACCCCCAAGCUGGGCAGACUCUUUCUGUGGACUUUGACCCCCGCCGCUGGCCAUCGGUGGCCUAACUGAGGGGCCCUGGGGCCAGAAGACGGUGGGAUGUGCAGCCCCGGGCACACCUGCAGCUGGGCCUCAGCCCCUCCAGGUGGCCUCCGGCAGCGUCCUAACCUGAACUGGCCCCAGGGCCCAGGCCCACCGGAGCCCCCAUCCUCUAUGCCUCCUCCCAGGGUCUUUCCGGGGCUGUGCUGGCUGGGCCCCAGGGCCCUUGCCUCCACCUUACACCCGGGAGACCAUCAAAGGGACCAGAGCUGUCCUUGUCCUCAGAGCCAUCAGGAAGGACACCACCAACUCCGGCCUCCUCCCACCUGCAGCCGGGCCUGGUGACUGCCGGGCAAAGCUGCUGGCGUUAGGUCUUCCCUGUGGAGGAGCUGAGUGGCCUCCUCUCUCCCCGGUAGCUCCUGGCUGAUCGUUCUGAGCCCCUGCCCCGUCCCUGGAGACAAGCGCUCUCAUGCUGACUCCGUGUCCAGAAACCAAGGCCGCCGUGUCUGGUCAAUAAACAAAAAGCAACC